CUGGAGAAUGAUGCUUUCCGAAAAUUGGAAGCAGGAUUGAACGAUAACAGGUAUCAUCAGAAAGAUGCACCGCCACAGCUUACUGCUCUCAAAUGCACGGGAAUUGGAUCACCUAAGAAAGUUUGGGGUCUUCUAUGCCGAAAAAACGAGCUCGUUCGUCCAAGUAAUCGUUUACUCGAUAACCAUCCUGAUUUGUCCGUAAAGACACGAGCUGUUCUGGUGGACUGGAUAAUGGAGGUUUGCAGCAGUGAAAAGCAACAUCGCGAGACGUUUCACCUAGCUAUCGACUAUGUUGACAGGUUUCUAGGAAAGUUUUGCGGCGUCAAGUCUUGUAUUUUUCAAUUGGUGGGAACAGCGGCAUUAUUCCUUGCAAGCAAAUACGAAGAAAUAUAUCCGCCAAAACUUGAAGAAUUCGUGGCGUAUACAGAUGGAGCAUGUAAUGAAUAUGAUGUCCGAACGUUUGAAAUCAUCAUGUUAAAGGAACUAGAGUGGUCACUCUCAGCGCUGACCUCCAUUCAUUGGCUCAAGGUGCAACUAUAUCGUUCUCUCUACGAAAACUUUCUACAUAUUCCUAAUUCAAAUAAGCAUGUCACUGAUCAACCUUUCAUAGUCCCAGACACUUUGAGAGAGGAUUUUUUUUUUCUUUACGUUUGCAACAUACAUUUUCUGAUACUUUUACGUCGAAGCUUGCAGCUGCCGUUCUUUUCGCCUGUAGUCGAAUGGGUGGAACCUGUCGUGAAAGUGUGUGACCGACUACGCUCCCAUGGAGACCCGAUAGUGAUCGUUGAUGGAGUUAGGGCCGACGAUUUGCAUAACAUCCAGACUCAUCCCGAGCAGGACUUCGAAGAGAUCAUAGUAAGACAUUGUUUGGAUGUUGCUACCAAUAACCUCGUCGUUUGGACAUAUUCACACAAAAUUUCAGAUCGAUAUUAA